AUGGAAAGAAUACUAAGAGGCAUUAUGAGAUAUCGUGUUUUAGACCGCGCAAGCAUGGUGAAACAAUUUCAGGAAGUAAAGGAUAAUCCUACGCCUAAAGCGGUCUUCUACACGUGCAUGGAUAGUAGAAUGAUUCCUACUAGGUUUACUGAAACUAGUGUCGGAGAUAUGUUUGUAGUACGUAAUGCUGGCAAUCUUUUACCUCAUUCACAGCAUUUCAUGGAUGAAAUGACUAGCUGUGAGCCUGCAGGUUUGGAACUUGCAUGUGUUAUAAAUGAUAUAAGACACGUUAUUGUGUGCGGCCACAGUGAUUGUAAGGCAAUGAAUCUUCUUUAUAAAUUGAAAAGCAAAGAAGAAUCAAGUAUAGAGCAAAGAAGAAUAUCUCCCUUAAAGUCAUGGUUGUGUACACACGGACAAUCUUCAUUAAAAAAGUUUCUCGAGAUGAAUGGAGAUUUUUCCAAGCCUAUGCUUUUUACAGCUGAGACGCCUCAGCGAAAAUUUGUAGCUUAUAUAGACCCAGAAAAUCAAUUUUGCAUAGAAGAUAAGUUGUCACAGGUAAAUACACUACAGCAACUACAAAAUGUCGCAUCUUACGGAAUGCUCAAAAAGCGGUUGCAGAAGCAUGAUUUGCAUAUUCACGCUUUAUGGUUUGACAUUUACACUGGCGAUAUAUAUUUUUUUAGUAGACGAGCUAAAAGAUUUGUUAUUAUAGAUGAAUCUUCAUAUGAAUCAAUAUUAUCAGAAAUUAGGAGAUAUUAUUCGUAA